GAAGGCCAAGAAAGUUUUCUUCAUAGCCAAGGAAAUUGCAUCAUCAGAAAAUACGUUUGUGGAUGUCUUGAAGCUGCUCAAUUUGGAUUUCAGGCUUCACAUCUCUAAACUGACAGAGACAUUGGGCCACCCGGUUGUACCUACUGAGACACUGAAUAAAAUUCUGGACUAUUUACCUCAACUGCAAAAUUUCAAUGAAGAUUUGCUGAAAGAUUUGAAGGAGCGGAUUGAGAACUGGGAGACCAACCCCAGACUUGCUGACAUUUUUGUGAAGAAAGGACCUUUCCUUAAACUCUAUUCUUCAUACAUUCGCAAUUUUGAAAAUGCAACUGCUACUUUGGAAGAUGUAACAAAGAAGAAUCCUGCAUUUGCAUCAGCUUUAAGGGAGUUUGAGCUGAGUCCUAGAUGUGCUAAACUGGCCCUGAAGCACUAUAUGCUGAAGCCCAUACAGAGGAUACCUCAGUACAAGCUGCUGCUGCAGGAUUAUUUGAAGCAACUUACAGAAGUAUCCCCAGACUACAAGGAUACAGUCACUGCCUUGAACAUUGUCAGUGAAGUUGCAGACCACGCCAAUGACAGUAUGAGACAUGGGGACAAUGUCCAGAAGCUUCUAGAAGUUCAGAAAUCAUUGAUAGGGCAGUUUGAGGUUAUACAGCCUGGUCGGGUUCUAGUGAAACAAGGGGAACUGCUCAAAUUGUCCAGGAAGGAAAUGCAGCCAAGAAUGUUCUUUCUUUUUAAUGAUGUGCUCUUGUACACAACGCCAGCUACUUCAGGCUACAGAAUCAACAAUAUAUUACCUCUGACUGCAAUGAAGAUCAAUUCACCUAAGCUGGAGGAUUAUAGGUUUGAGUUUAACAUUAUCAGUGUACAGCGUUCCUUCACUCUCACAGCAAGCACGUCAGCAGAGAAAGAGCAAUGGGUGACCGCAUUACAAGCUGCCAUAGAGGACAACAACAAAAAGUACCACACGUUUCAAGCCGUCAGGCCGGCACCGCAGACAUCCCUUCUAGACAAAGAUUUUGUGUUGGGACACAAAGCUCCUUUGUGGGUGCCAGACGCUAGAGUCACCAUGUGUAUGUUGUGCCUGCUGGAGUUCACCCUGACUUGGAGAAGGCAUCACUGCCGUUCAUGUGGCAGGGUUGUAUGCUCCAACUGCUCUGACAACAAAGCCCCCUUGAGAUAUCUCAAGUUUGAGCCAGCUAGAGUUUGUGAUCAUUGCUUCGAGAAGCUGAAAGCAGAAGACUCCAGCACAUCAGUGUCGGAGGGAGUUACAGAUGAUUCUGCUGAUGUUGCUGAGGAAGAGGUCAGAGGUUCGGAUCCAGUGAAACAUGACUCCGGUCUGAGUCUCCACCAUCUUAUGUCCAGGUUUCAGAAGAUCCGUGUUAGCAAUCGGGAGAAGCGUAGGCCUAACAACUUUAGGCCUUCUGUUCUUAAAGAGGUUCAUGCUAACGAUGAAGGGUCUGACAUGAGUGGCUAUCUGCGAGUAUAUAGGUCACGCAAGUGGAAGCGACUCUGGUUUGUUGUUAAAGGGAAGGUACUCUACACAUACAAAGCUAGUGAGGAUAUGGCAGCAACUGAAAGUAUGCCCCUGCUCGGAUAUGACGUGACAAGACUAAACACUUACUUUGAAGGUGCAGAACCAGAUUUGUUGUUUGAACUAACUCAUCAGAAUAACCAGCCCCUAACCGCACGCAAGAAGGGAGACCAGCGUGUAUUACUUGGCUCGGAGAAAACCACUCAGAGACUUAUAUUUCGAACAGACAGUUUGGCUGCUACCACCAAAUGGGUCACUGUGCUGCGAGAAGCCUCCCUGACAUAUUGA